GUUCGAAACACUACCUAUUCACUCUCAAAGACUGUUAUUGUGGGACGACGACGCUAAACCGAUUAAUGCGUCAGAAUAUUUUUGUACUUUUCGAAAAACACAAAUCAUACUCUUGAACUUGGCUACAAUAUCACAGAUUAAUUCAGAUUAUUAGAAACUAGAUUAUCUGAAAGUGCAAUUUGUUUACGAUUAACGAAAAUCAAUCUUAAUAAGCUUCGAAAUAGAGUCCUUUAUCAAUACCGAAGUCGGGUUCACAAUACAUAGAUGUAAAAGGUAGGUCUGUCAGUAAUAAGUGGUUGUUAGAUACACGUAGUCUAUAAAUAUUAACCUGUAAAUGUCUUAUUGCAGGUCAAAGUCCCCUUUUCAUUCAGUGAAAGAUCGCUCAUAUAUCAUUGCUCUGGCGAGUGGUGUUGACAAUUUAGAAUUUUUUGCUCUGGCACUGUUGAAUACAAUAUUAUUUAUAUUUUAUUACCUUUAUAUUAAUUUUGUGUUAUGACAGCAUGUGUUCAUGCUCCAAAAUAUUCGUAGCUAAUAAUUAAUGGUGGAUUUUUUUCAGGGUGUCAAUUUAUUUAUAUCAACUUUUAAGAGUUGGCAAGUAAAUAGAAAUACGUUUCUUUUUAAGAGGAAGAGGCUCUAAAUAGACAGAAAUUCAUAAAAAAAAUAUAUAAAAAAGAAAGUAUCUAUCAGACCAAUAAACUUAGGUACCUACGGCUGUUUUAGAGAAAACGUUUAAAAUCGCAUUCAAUUCGCGUCAGUCGAAUGAAACAAAACGAUAAUACGAUAUCGUGUGAAGUUCAUCACACUUCGUAACACAAUUAAAGCUGCAUCUAAAAUAAGCAAUAUUAUUUGUAAUUGACAUUUCACUAUAAAUACAACAUUAAAAUGUCGAUUCUCGCUGUGCCAAUCUAGCUGCCAAUGUGUGCUGGCGAUUUACCAAGUGCGGUGUUCGUCGGUAAAAAUAAACCUUACCAAUUCCCUUUCGUGUUUGUAUAAAAGCGUUUGUGAAAAUGAGUACAGUGCCUAAUCGGCCUAACGUGAAGUUAGCCAAACUUUGGUAUAAAUACAGAGUGAUACCUCAAGAAGAGGAAGCUAAAAAGGAAAAAGAAGCACGGGAGAGGGGACAAGAAGUACCAGAGAGGGAGCAUAAAGCAGAAGUUGUUGCCGAAGAUGAAGACUAUGAAUCUUAUCCACCGUACAACUUUUCCUGGUUUAUUGAAAAUAAAAUUGCAGCUAUGGGCUUCCCUCAAACAGUGGCCAAUCUGAACUACUUAACUGAUGUCGGAAUCAAUCAUUUGAUAACGCUAUCUCCGGAGCGGAUCCCGCCAAUUUUGGAAUGCAAGAAGAAGCUGAAAUGGACAGAGAUUCGAAUCAAGGAGUUCGGUGUACCAACUUUGAAACAGGUUCUGAAGUUCAUCGAGUUGUGUGAAAGAGCAGAGAUGCGGGGAGAGAUUGUAGGAGUCCACUGCAGGCAGGGUAGAGGCCGGACAGGCACAAUGCUGGCUUGUUAUUUGGUACAUUUUAAAAAUAUGGCUCCUGAACGCGCCGUCCUUACAGUAAGAGUCCAGAGGCCGGGUUCUUGCGAGACCUACGAGCAAGAAAAGUUAGUAUGUCAUUACCACGACUGUGUCCGUGGCACUAUAGAGAAGCCAGACUACCGCCUAGUAGAAGAUAAACUUUACUUCGAUUUCUCUAUGAAAUAUAUGUUCGACGACGAAGUAUUGCGUAAAAAGGAAAAGCAAGAGGACGAUGAACCAGAAGAACAAGAUGGCGACCUCAAGAUUGUCAAACUAGGACCCAGCAAAGAGAAACAUGUCAAAAUAAAAUUGCCGCGAAAAAAAACAAACGCCAUGGUUAUAAAUCAUCAUAUUUAUUUUUAAGUUCUUUAAUUAUUUACAACAGUUUCUGUUUUUGUUUUUUUUUUCUAGUAAUUAAGUGUCAGUUUAUUGAUCAUAAAUGUUAAUACAGUU